UCAAAUAUUCACUUACAAGUGAACUCUGGGCUUCUAGGUUUAAUAUUCAGCCAGUUUCGGCCUCCCUUUGCGAAAAUCGAAGCAAGUACAUCAAAGCUUAGUUUCGCCUUCUCUUCCACGAAGAAUCUCCGUCCACGGUGCAGCCAGCAUUCCAGCACCGCGCCACCGCCGAAUCUCCGUUAAUUCCAUCUCGCAGCUAUGUGACUAUGUCAUCAUCAUCGAGCAAUGUUGAUGAAACAGAAUCAAAUACAGAAAUUGCAGAAGUUUUUAGAUCAAAAGCUAUUAAUUUUCCACCAUUGCUUAGACAUACUCUCGGAUUUGCUCAUACAAGGUCUAUGGUUGAGAUUUUUCAAAUCCGCAUUGAUAAAUUUGACGAUACGGCGAGACGAGGAGAACUUUAUGGAGACGUUCAAGUUGUUGAUAUAGAUUAUACCCAUACUUUGUACCACCGUGAUCGGGCAACUUCAGAGCAUAUAAGGGCCAAUUCUAAUAUUUCGUUACAAGGCCCCAACCGCGCUAUCGACCUGAUGAUUAAUUUUGCCGUUAAUAUUGAUCUCCGCUUGUGUGGUGAGGUGGAAGAUGUUGUAUCAAAAUGGCAAUUGUCAUGGACCGCUUUGAAACCUGAAAUUGCGCACAUUACUAGAGGUCCCUUUUUGAAAGAUUUUUGUCAUCAGCCUAAUAUGUUAACAUCUCAAACAAAAGAUAAACAUGAGUUUGCUGGAUAUGAGCAACCGCUGUCUGCAACCUUUGAAGAAGACAAUGGAUGUUGCGUCACCAUGUUUUAUGCUAUACUUGAACAUGCUGUCAUAGCAUCUAUUCAAGUUAGAGUUAUAGAUAAGAAUGUUGUACCUUUAAGUUCAAAAUACCAAGUUCGUGGGACUAUAUUUGCUUCAUACAGUCAUUUUGAGGUUGGGGAUGAUUCCGUCAUCAAGGAGGAGUGUAAAACAACAAUUUUCAAGACUAGCGAUUUCAAAUCAGUGAAAGCAGAGCAUGGAAAGAAACUUGAACUUUCUAGAUGGGUUGUUGCUGUUCCAGCGUAUAGUUCAUUAAUAAUUGAAGCGGACUUGUGGGAUACUGAUUCUUCUAUCAAAAUUGCCGAAGGAAAACUGGAAUGUUUGGCAUCCAAUAUGAAUUUAUUGGCAGACUAUAUUUUGGGUUACAACAACCUUGCUAUUGAAGUGAUGGUUUGCUGGGUUUACGGGGGAUCAGAGAUUCCAGAAGCGUACCGAAAUUAAACAGUAAUACAAUAUUGUAACAUGAAAUUGAAUUAGAUUAUUGUCGUUUAAAACUCAGUUUAUCUAUCUAUUUAUUUUAAUAUUGUAACAUGUUUGAAUUAACUUCAUAAUAGUAAUUAGUGAGGUGUUUUUUCGGGUGCA